AUGACUGACAAUUCCCCACUUUUCAGUAGCGUCUGCUCGCUUAUGGAUACGAUCGCAGAAUCGCGUGGCACUGAGCUCAAGAAACGUCGAUUCGAAAGGUUUCUGUAUGAAUGGCGCUCCAAAUACGGUUACGACGUUUACGACGCUAUGCGAUUACUGCUUCCUCACCUUGACAAACGACGCUAUAAUCUCAAGGAAAUGAAAUUGGCCAAACUGUACAUUGAAGCACUCGGCUUGGGUCGUAAUUCGGCGGACGCGCAAGACUUGCUCAAGUUCAAGCAACCUGGUAGCUCUUCCAAUAAAUACGUCAAAACUAUUGGCGAUUUCGCCGGAGUCGCGUUUGGCAAGAUCCAGGAUCGAUCGACUGUUCAAAAGCCAACCCAAACUGUGGCUGAUGUCAACGCGUUGCUCGAUACAUUAGCAACAUCCGACAGUGACGAGAAACCCAACGCUUCCAAUGUCAGGCUGUUUAAAAAAGUCGUCAAUGUAUAUACUGCUUCUGAACAGAAAUGGUUGAUCCGGAUUAUACUCAAAAACCUAAACAUUGGCAUGACGGAUCAUUCGGUUUUGCAAGUGUAUCAUCCACAAGCACGGGAUAUGUUUGCUGUUUGCAGCAACUUUGAAAAAGUGUGCAAGGAUUUACAGGAUCCCUUUAUCAGACUCAACAAAUCAGUUAAGACCAUUGGAUUGUUCCAGCCAUUCAAACCCCAAUUGGGUCAAAAGCAAGUACCCAAAGACGUACGUACUGUGGCACAUGAAGGAAAGUUUUAUAUCGAGGAAAAGCUGGAUGGCGAACGAGUGCAAAUGCACUAUGAUGCAAACUCGAAACGAUUUGCAUGGUAUUCCCGAAAAGCAACGGAUUACUCGGAAAUGUAUGGUAAAACAUACAUUCAUGGACAAUUCACAGGAUAUCUUGAAGGCUUGUUUAAAGCGGACAGUCUCGUUCUUGACGGAGAGAUGAUGACAUAUGAUCCGAAACUGGACGUGUUUUUGCCCUUUGGUACCUUGAAAACAGCAGCGAAGGACAAAAGUUUGGAUCCGCACAAGGCACAUCCAUGCUAUGUUGUCUUUGAUAUCGUUUAUUGCAAUGGCAAUCCUCUGCUCGACUAUCCUCUCAGCGACCGUAUUCAAAUAUUGAACAACGUUCUCACAGAAAAGCAUGGAUAUCUCCACCUACUACCUCGCGAAACCAAAACCACCUCCCAAGAUAUCAUCGACGCCCUGGAUCACGCUAUGAGCUUACGGCAAGAAGGUAUUGUUAUCAAGAAUCCUGGCUCUGUAUAUGAACCUGGUACCAGGAAUAUCACUUGGAUCAAGCUGAAGCCCGAAUAUAUCGAUAGUUUGGGAGAAACGUGCGAUUUGCUUGUUAUUGGUGCAAAAUAUGGCAGUGGCAAACAUCGUGGUGGUCGACUUAGUCAGUUCCUUUGUGCCAUUCGUGACGAUCGUGAGGACAGCACGGGCAACAAAGACCCAAAGUUCAUGACUUUCUGUACACUCGGCACAGGAUACACUGUAGAUGAACUCGAUAAAUUCAGGGAAAAGUUUGCAGAGCUCGAACCAUACGAUGCUAAACGACAACCACCGUGGUUGAUCCAUCCUCGAAAGUCAAACGAAAAUCCUGAACAGGUUGUGGAUUACAGACGAUCUGUCGUCGUAGAAGUCAAGGCAUCUGAAAUCAUUUGGGGCAACAUGUACGGUGCCACAAAUACUCUGAGAUUCCCCAGAUUUGUAUCGUUCCGAGAAGACAAGACAUGGGAAGACGUAAUGACUUGGAGUGAUAUGAAUAAAGCAAAACGUGAUGGAAGGAUUGGUGGUGGUGAGAAACGCGGAGCCACACAAAAGGACUUUGAUGGCCAAUCGAAAAGACGUAAAACAUCCAUCACGGCUCGUAAGCCAAAACAACUCGUAUUCAGCCAACAGGGCAUUGAUACCCGUAGCAUCAAGACAAAAUCCGCAUUGUUCUCAGACUUAUCAUUUUACGUUAUCAAUGGUGACAAAGGCUCCUCCAAAGCCGAAUUGGAGACCAUGAUCAAGGAAAACGGUGGCAGGUUCUUGCAGACCGCCCAUGGUGUGAAGCAUGUUAUCGCUGGAUCGAAAAACCCUCGAGUCGAUAGCAUCAUUAGCAAGGAUGAUCGAGACGUUGUAUUGCCUCGAUGGAUUGCUGACUGUGUUGAAGAACAGGACCUUCUUCCUUUGGCACCCAAUUAUAUGCUUUAUACGAACCAGAACACUGCUGCCAAGUUCCGUGAAGAGAUGGACAAAUGGGGUGAUAUAUACAUUCAAGAUGCCACAGAGCAAAGUUUGCGCGAGGUCAUGGCGCGUAUACACAUUGGCUUCGACGCAAAUAAGCAGCGUACACUUGCGAAUGAAAUUCACGAACGCUAUUUCCCAAACCAAGUGAUGCCUGGGAUGAUGUUCUUACGUGUUCGUGCCUACUUGGCCGACAUGCCACCACCUGAAGAACCCGAUGGGAGCAGUAUGGAUAUGGAUUGGGUCAAAAGACAAAAGGCGCAUGAACGGUUGACCUUGGCAUCUAAGCAAAUUCGAUUCCGAGGGGGCGAGGUUGUUGAUCGUAUCGACGAAGGCAUCACACAUGUAGUAUUUGCUCCAGAUGAUUUGGAACGCGUACAAGAAUUUACAGAGGCAUUCAAAGGGAUGCUGUUACCGCGGUUUGUCACGACAGAAUGGAUCGAUGCGUGUGUGCGAAACAAGACAUUGAUCGACGAACGACGAUUUGAGCCGAAGCUUCCUCAAUCUGCACGAUACAGCUUAUCAGCACGUCGUCAACAACAACAACAACAACAACAACAACAACAACAACAACAACAGGAGGAGCAGGAAAAAAACGGAAAUUAA